ACAUCCCUUUCUCCAUUUUCUCGAUCUACUUGCUUUUUUUCUGAAACUUUGGCAUCAUCGGACAGCUACUGCUGAUGAAAGGUAAAACCUGCUUAUAUAAGGGGCCAUCUGACAAUGACCAAGAAAAUGCCAAAUUGCCGAGAAAGCCAAAGCAUGUAAAGCCUUGAGUCAAGAAGAUGCUCGAGUGGAGAGCCCGGCGCGAUCUCAGUGGUGGGGAUGAUGUACAUGGGGAGGAGGGCUGACUUUCAGAUGUCAUUGACGCUUUGGAGCUGAGAGGGUGCAUGUAGCGUCAGACGGCGGCGAAGCGAGGAGAAGCUGCUCCUCUCAGAGUCGUGCUUGGGAGCUUGCCUUCAGCACCAACGACCUGCGGACAGCACCACGUCUUGCCCGUGGACAGUUUUCUGUACUCAGGAGCUUUUUCGAUCGUGUCCUCUUAGACUGGGGAAAAGGCAAACCAAGUUUUGAACUUCCAGGGAAAUAUAUGCUUCUGCCAGAAGAGCUCUGCCAGACACCAGCGACUGCGCUGUGAAUACAUCUCCGCAGUGACUCUCACUCAUUCCCUAUUGCUUCCGAUUUUGCGGCUCCCAGAACUGGGCGAAGAACCGCGAAGCUGCUGUCUACGUGGACCGGUGCUGAAAUCUCCCGUCCGGUUACCAGGACCCCCGCCAAACCAAGAGAUAUGGCGACCAAUGGUACAAAGGCCUCGGAUGGACACAUUUUAACGGAGGUGAACGAGGCGCCAACAACUAACGAUAAACCUAAGACACUUGUGGUUAAAGUGCAGAAAAAAAAGAAGGAAAUCCCGGAGCGAGAAACGUGGAGAGGAAAAUUUGAUUUUCUGCUGUCAUGUGUGGGUUACGCAAUUGGACUUGGGAACGUAUGGAGAUUUCCAUAUCUUUGUGGCAAAAAUGGUGGAGGAGCCUUUUUGAUUCCCUAUUUUCUUACCCUCAUCUUUGCUGGGGUCCCCCUUUUUCUUCUUGAAUGCGCUCUGGGUCAGUUCACCUCCAUUGGGGGACUUGGAGUCUGGAAACUGGCUCCUAUGUUCAAAGGUGUGGGCCUAGCUGCUGCUGUCCUCUCUUUCUGGCUUAACAUAUACUAUAUCGUCAUUAUUGCCUGGGCAAUUUAUUAUCUGUAUUAUUCCUUUACCGCAGAUCUUCCUUGGAAUAGCUGUAAUAACCCAUGGAAUACAGACAGAUGUUUUUCAAACUACAGCAUUGGAAAUACAACCAAUAUGACAAGUGCAGUUGUGGAGUUCUGGGAGCGCAACAUGCAUCAGAUGACUGAUGGGCUGGAAAAACCAGGACAGAUUCGAUGGCCUCUGGCCAUCACUCUUGCAAUCGCCUGGGUCCUUGUCUACUUUUGUAUCUGGAAAGGUGUCAGUUGGACUGGAAAGGUCGUCUAUUUCUCAGCAACAUAUCCCUAUAUUAUGCUGCUUAUUCUCUUCAUCCGUGGAGUCACUUUGCCUGGAGCCAGGGAAGGAAUCUUGUUCUAUAUCACUCCGGAUUUCAGCAAACUUAAGCAAUCAGAGGUAUGGCUUGAUGCCGCCACGCAGAUCUUUUUCUCCUAUGGUCUGGGUCUUGGCUCACUCAUUGCUCUUGGCAGCUACAAUCCUUUUCAUAAUAAUGUGUACCGGGAUGCCAUCAUUGUGUGUUGUAUCAACUCCAGUACUAGCAUGUUUGCAGGGUUUGUCAUCUUCUCCAUCGUAGGCUUCAUGGCCAACGUGACAAACAGGAAUAUUGCAGAUGUGGCAGCGUCAGGUCCUGGGCUGGCCUUCCUGGCAUACCCGGAGGCAGUGACACAGCUACCCAUAUCUCCACUCUGGGCUGUUCUCUUCUUCUCCAUGUUGCUUAUGCUGGGCAUUGACAGCCAGUUCUGCACGGUGGAGGGAUUCAUCACUGCUCUAGUGGAUGAGUUCCCUCGGCUCUUACGCACAAGAAGAGAGAUCUUUAUUGCUGUAGUUUGCCUUGUCUCCUAUCUGAUUGGCUUGUCAAACAUCACUCAGGGUGGCAUCUAUGUAUUUAAACUGUUUGACUACUACUCUGCUAGUGGGAUGUCUCUACUGUUCCUGGUUUUCUUUGAAUGCAUCUCCAUCUCCUGGUGCUAUGGUGUGAACAGGUUCUAUGACAACAUGCAGGAAAUGGUUGGAUACAGGCCUUGCAUCUGGUGGAAACUCUGUUGGGCUGUGUUCACUCCUCUAAUUGUAGCGGGGGUCUUCCUCUUUAGUGCUGUCCAGAUGGUUCCACUCACCUUGAACAAGUAUGUGUUCCCUGCCUGGGGUCAGGGAGUAGGCUGGUGUAUGGCUCUUUCAUCUAUGAUCCUAAUCCCGGGUUACAUGGGCUACUUGUUCCUCACACUUAAGGGCUCCUUGAAGCAGCGUCUUCGGAUUAUGACCCAGCCUUCUGAAGACAUUCAUGCUCAAGAGAAUGGGCCGGAGCCAACAGAGAGUGCUAACCCAGCCACUGAAGAGGCAUACAUCUAAACAGGCUCAUGCAGGGCUUGCAAUCAUGGUUGAGCGUGACCAAGGACUAACAAGUCUAAAUAUAUAUAUAAAUAAAUCAAUAUCUCUAUAUAUUCACCUACCUCCAGGGGCAAAUGUGAGCAACAUGCUUAGAAGGUCUUGAGUUGAUCUGACUUUUUGUAAAGACUACCUGGCAAUGUCCUAGUGAUAGUUCGUAUUGCAUAUGCAACUUGUAGACUGUUAGUGUAUAACAACUCCAUUCUCCAUGUAAUAUUACUGUAUGUGCUAUUGGGAGGCGGCCUGGCGUGCGCAGCACCUGACUGUUACGCAAUUUCAACUUCUCUUCUAAGUCUUUUUCCAGAAUUUGUGUGAAAAAUGGACCAAAAGCCUGGAGCGGUCAGCUGGCAGCAGAUGGCCAAUGGAAACACGCCAGUGAGCCAGUCCGCUUCUGUCCUUAAUGUGCCAUUGCUCAGGUACACCAAAAAGCUAAAAAGAGAGAGAAAAGUGAAAAAAAAACAAGCAAAUGAGUUGUGCGUGACCAAAUUUUUUUAAACACUGUUACUCUGUCUUUUUAAAGCAAUAGUCUGUCUGACUGUGUGUGCCGCCGCUCACAUGAUGGCUUCACUUAUCAAUAACAAAGAACUCUGGCAAUAAAAAGCGAGAGCAAGAGAGGCAGGCGCUUUUCUUUUUCUUUUCCCUUGGUCUUUCACUUUCUAGUUUCAAUCAUAAAGCUUUAAUCCGAAAAUAAUGGCCAUUGUAUCUCGUAGAGGAAAGCAAAAUGCUAGCUUGCUUCAUUGGCAGCUACAAGUGACAGGGAUCUGGUUAACGACAUUGUUUUGAUUCAGAGCAGAGCUAUAUAAAACUAAAAUGUGCAAUGAAUCUAUGUUCUGUGAAUUUUGUACAAAAGAAGAAAAAAGCAAAAAUACAAGACUCCCAUACUAUUGUUGUUCCUUUUGAAUAAUGUUGUAAGCCAGUACUGUGCGAAACAUGUAACGGUGAGCGUCUGUAUAACCUUUGGAGUUUUCUGUCUAAAUGUGACGAAGAUUGCAAAUAUAUAUAUAGGAAUAUAAGGAAAUCUUCGAUGAUUUGCUGUUCUUUGCAAUAAUCUGUUGAACUGAUACAUUUAAGCACAUAUCUAACUGAAAUGUACAAAAAGAAUAGAUACUUCAUCUAGUAAGAAAAUAUUGUUUUGUAUAUUUUUAACUGUUUCAUGGGCCUAUUGUAUAAUAUUCUAUGAAAAUAUGCCAUGUAAAUGUCUGUAGAUGGUGUUCUUUUAAAAGCAUGGUUGUUUUCUCUGUUAACAGAAUUUAAAAUACUAAUAAAGACUUAUACCGGG